AACAUAGCUGUUUUAAGAUUCAUCGAAAAAUGAUGUAUUUGAUCUAUAUUUUAAACUAAAUACAUCUAUUUUUCAAUCAAUACUUUGCUUACAUAAGUUGGAGAGAGAGAAUAGGUCAUCAUUAUUGUGUUUGCAGUUUUAACCCCUUUCGCUAAAAAAGAAAAGUAAAGAAGAAACCAGAUUUACAGAAACACCUACAAGGAAGCAGCUGCAACUACGAGAGAGCGUUCGCAGAGGAAGUGCUUCUCUCAUUCUGGAUUGUUUGUUUCGUGGUAGUAGUUGGGCGCAGGAAACUUUGCGAAAACAGUAAUUUUAUCAGUAUGAUUCAACCUUGACAAAUAGAAAGACUGCAGAGUGAGUAUGGAUGUCAGUGGCAAUUCUCUUCCGUCUGCACCUGAUGGGGUAAAGAGAAAAGUAUGCUAUUUCUAUGAUCCAGAUGUUGGUAAUUAUUAUUAUGGGCAAGGUCAUCCCAUGAAGCCACAUCGUAUCCGGAUGACACAUGCCCUUCUUGCCCACUAUGGCUUGCUUCAGCACAUGCAGGUUCACAAGCCUUUUCCUGCUAGAGACAGGGACCUUUGCCGUUUUCAUGCUGAUGAUUAUGUUGCAUUUCUUCGAAGCAUAACCCCUGAAACACAACAGGAUCAUAUGAGACAACUCAAACGCUUUAAUGUUGGUGAAGAUUGUCCUGUCUUUGAUGGUCUAUACUCUUUCUGUCAAACUUAUGCCGGAGGUUCAGUUGGUGGUGCUGUCAAGUUGAAUCAUGAUCAAUGUGACAUUGCUGUCAACUGGGCUGGUGGGCUGCAUCAUGCCAAAAAGUGUGAGGCCUCUGGAUUUUGCUACGUUAAUGAUAUAGUCCUUGCAAUCUUAGAACUUCUUAAACAGCACGAGCGUGUUCUGUAUGUGGACAUCGAUAUCCACCAUGGAGAUGGUGUAGAGGAAGCUUUCUACACUACUGACAGAGUCAUGACUGUUUCUUUCCAUAAAUUUGGUGAUUAUUUUCCUGGUACCGGCGAUUUGCGUGAUAUUGGAUAUGGAAAGGGAAAAUACUACUCUCUUAAUGUCCCACUUGACGACGGCAUUGAUGAUGAGAGUUAUCAUUUGUUGUUCAAACCUUUAAUCGGCAAAGUAAUGGAAGUCUUUAGGCCCGGUGCAGUAGUUCUCCAGUGUGGUGCAGACUCUUUAUCUGGAGACAGGUUGGGAUGUUUUAAUCUUUCAAUUAGGGGUCAUGCAGAGUGUGUCAGAUACAUGAGAUCAUUCAAUGUUCCACUCUUGCUACUAGGUGGCGGCGGCUACACCAUUCGGAAUGUUGCUCGCUGUUGGUGCUAUGAGACAGGGGUUGCUCUUGGAAUAGAAGUUGAUGACAAAAUGCCAGAGCAUGAGUAUUAUGAAUAUUUCGGUCCAGAUUAUACCCUUCAUGUUGCCCCAAGUAACAUGGAAAACAAAAAUACUCGACAUUUACUUGAUAAUAUCCGAUCCAAGCUACUUGAGAAUCUUUCAAAGCUUCAGCAUGCUCCCAGCGUUCAAUUUCAGGAAAGGCCUCCUGAUUCUGAUCUCGGAGAGGAAGUUGAAGAUCAUGAUGAUAGAGACGAGCAUUGGGAUCCAGACUCUGAGAUGGAUGUUGAUGUUGAACGCGAUAUUCUCCCAAGCAAAGUAAAGAGAGAAAUUGUUGAACCUCAGCUCAAUGAUCUGGAGGACCUGAAAAGAACUAGAGAGCACUCGAGGGCUUCCGAUACUGCAGUAGUUGAAACAAGCGUGAAGGCUUUAGAUAUUUGUUCUCAGCCAGUUGAUGAAGAUAUUGUGAAAGAUGAAGAGAAUACUGUGAAUGAUUUGGCCAGAGAGUGAUUGAUGAAUUGUUUAUUUAUUCAAUGAUCUUAUUGUGAUGUGGCAUUUACCAAAAUAACUGAGUCGUGACUGUUGCUUGGUUCCAUACUUCCAUUGUCAUCAUUGCUUACAUGCCUAAGGCUAAAUAUCACAUGACAAGUGGUUUCUUUUACCCUAGAUAUUACAUUUUGUUCCGAAAUAGUAAAAGUUAUAAUUAGGUUAUAAUGUGCUAUUGAAUGGGUUAUAUUUUCUUGCACUGA